GCGGGAAGCCUGACGUCCUAAACUAUAUUGUUAAUGGGAAACCAGCCGAAGAAUACCAGUUUCCGUGGAUGGUUCACCUGCAUAUGCAUCUUCCUGGCGAUCCAAGUAUUUACGUAUGUGGCGGAACCAUCAUAACGAAGCUUCACGUGCUGACAGCGGCGCACUGUUUCGAAGCGGAUGGUCAGGAAAUAAUCAGCAUAGACGUACUCUACGGAAAUAUUGACUGGCGUAGAGCCAAAACGGUAAGAGGCGUGAAGAAGCUGGGACACGCAGACUACAGCUCCUUCACAAACCGUAACGACAUUGGGGUCGUAAAGGUGGAGCAACCGUUCACAAUGGAUAAGAGUGUCAGGCCAAUAUGUCUUCUCCUGAAUCCCGCGAACAUCAUCAGCAUCGAGGCCUUGGUCGCAGGAUGGGGACGCCAGUACGAAGGGGACAAGACGCAAACGCACUACCUCCGUUACACGUCAGUAAGAGUUCUGCCACACGAAUACUGUGAAAGGGUGUACCCUCUCGAGUACCACGAGGCUUUGAACUACUGUGCGUAUCAAAAGGGCACGGACACCUGUCAGGGUGAUUCUGGAGGGCCGCUAUUCGCCAAGAGCACGAGCGGUACGUACGUCCAAGUUGGAGUAGUUUCUCACGGAAUCGGCUGCGCCCAAGAAGGUGCGCCUGGAGUCUACGCACGGGUGGACGCAUACGCUCCGUGGCUGACAAAGGCUGUGGCCUCCGACGAAGGCUACAGUGACCUUUCCGUGGCGCCUCUGCAGGAGAGCAUACCGAAUCCAGAGGGCAACACGUCGCCUCUGGGCAACACAGAAAUUGCCGCAAUUUACGUUAUCCACGGCCACGCCGACAUACGCUGGGGCGCCAGGGUCAGAGUUGAAAAGGUUCUGCGACAUGCGGAGUACGACGACAAGUUGAUAUUCAACGACAUCGCUGUUCUGCUGGUGGAAAAGCCAUUCCGAUACGGAACGGAGGUCAAGCCCAUAUGCUUCCCUACGAAACCACUGAACGCCUACAACAAGAAUGCAGUCAUCGCUGAACUGCAAGACGUCCUGGUUAAGGAACCAACAAAAAAUCCCGCCAUCUCCCCGUAA